AUGUCACCGAUUGUGGCUCUUCAUUGUCUCGUUAUUUUCGGCACAAGUUUAAUAUCAGCCACCACCGUCACGUGGCUCCCAAACUCAAGCUUCAAGUUACCGGACAGUUUCAAAGAUCGGAAACUUCCUUGUUCUAAACAAACAGUUGUGUUCCCACAGACGAUUGUCGGCUCCGUAGAAAUUGCAUCCGAGACUAAAGUUGGAGGAUUCAUCUUACCAGAAGACGGCGAACUGAUUUUAGAGGGCUUGUUAUCUUUUGGCGCAGAUCCUGCAGAUACUAACUGCACUGAAGGGAACGCCUACUACAUAGAUAAAACAGGGUCUUCGUGGAACCAAGCAGAUGUUUGGAGCUCGCCUAAGUUCAACAAAGCAACUCCUGACUCGGAUAGAAUACCGUGCUUUAACGAUAUAGUGGUAUUUCCAAAGGAUACAAAGACAACAGUGACUUUACCACCAUUAACGCAGUAUGUCAAAGAAAUUAGAAUUGGGAACGACAGUUUUACUAAUACUGCAGAUUUUAGAGACCAUAUAACUUUCCAUAUGCGAGAGGACACACAACAGUUUGUUGUAAAUGACUAUUCAGUGAUUGGUGUGACGAUCGGCCAUUCCAUGCGUUGUUCGCAGUUCGGAUGUGCGUGCCAAAAUAUUCCUUUGAAAAUAGAUUGCUCUGCUAAGUUUUGCCCAAAACCAGAAUGUGUGGAACCAAUCAAACCUCUCGGGUUUUGUUGCGAUAUCUGUGGCGGCUACUUAUUGUUCGAUGCGGACGAAAGAUUCGACAUGAAAACGUUUGGCGAGCUCGUUGAAGGCAUUGCCGGUGAGAGCGGAAAGAACGAUAUCGAAUAUUACAUCGGUUUUACGCCGGAAAUUCCUUUUAGAAGAAUUCAACUCGUGGUAGUCGACAAAGGUGAAUACGAAGGGUCUAGUGCGGAAAUCAUCAAUUCUAUUAGCUAUGCUCUCCACGAUCAUUGGGUGAAAGGGCACAAGGUUGCUCAGAUAAGCGGCAGUCCUUUGUAUAAGGCGGGUUUGGGCGGGAAAAUCUUUGUGUCCAUGUUUUUCGCUGUGAUUUUAACAUUGGGAGCUUUGUACGUGUACUAUUAUAAGAUCCCGGAGUUACGGAUCCCGGUAGUGUCGAGACAUAUGCCUGCUGGUAUAUUCUCAAGGUUCGAGAGGAGGUCCGACAGUGUGGUGAGUUUGACGAGAAGAGACAGUGUCAUCAGUGCCGCUUCUAGAAGUAAUACUGCGUUCAGGAAUCCGCUGUACAACUCUAAAAGGGGGCGUGUCCAAGUGACUGAGUCUGCAUCGGUAGCGGAAGAGUAA